CUAGUUCUCUUCCUUCCACACACUCUCUCUCUCUCUCUCUCUCUCUCUCGCUUUCUUUCUGGACUUGAAAACCCCUACAUACCCAAGAUCAUCUAGUAAUUUUCUUUCAUCUCUCAAAAACAUCUGCUUGCCAUUUUGUCUUAUUUUGUCUCCAACUCCAACCAACAAGCAAGAAGGUUUCUUUGAUCUUCUGCUAGCUAGGAAAAGUUGGUGUUGGGGGCAGGCCAGCCGCAGGGAUUGAUAUAAUUUAAUUGUGUCGACAGAAAUGGAACGCAUUUGUGAUUUAGUGCAUGAGCUGAGGCCAGCCUUGUUAAUGGUGUUGGUUCAGCUUUCAUUUGCAGGGGUCAAUGUGUUCUACAAAUUGGCCGCAAACGAUGGAAUGAGCUUAAGGAUUAUUGUUGCCUAUCGCUUCGUUUUCGCAACAGCUUUUAUCGUUCCUCUGGCUCUCGUUUUUGGAAGGAAAAGUAGGCCAAAGCUGACUUGGGUAGUACUCUUCCAAGCAUUUCUUUGUGGGCUAUUUGGGGGUUCAUUAGCUCAAAAUUUAUACAUUGAGAGCCUAACCUUGACAUCAGCAACAUUUGCUUCAGCCAUGACUAACCUAGUUCCAGCCAUUACCUUCAUCCUGGCCGUCUCCUUUGGGUUGGAGAAGCUGAGUCUAGGGUCGGUAUCAGGGAAGGCAAAAGUGUUGGGAACAUUAACGGGAAUAGGUGGGGCGAUGCUCCUCACUUUCUAUAAAGGAGCAGAGAUCAACGUAUGGUGUACUCACGUUAACCUUCUGCAUCACGGCGAACGUCAAACCAAACACUUGGCAUCCCCAAGAUCAGAAAAUCGCCUUUUGGGUGGUAUUUUGGCUAUAGGAAGUUGCUUCUCAUACGCCUCCUGGUUAAUUAUUCAGGCAAAAAUGAGUGAAACAUAUCCAUGUCACUACUCAAGUACAGCGCUAAUGGCUGUGAUGGGAACAAUCCAAGCUGCUGUUUUUGCUCUAUGCACGGAGAGGGAUUGGAAUCAAUGGAAGUUGGGCUGGAACAUCAGGCUACUUACAGUGUCUUACUCGGGUAUCGUAGCUUCUGGGGUUAUGGUAACUUUGAUAGCAUGGUGCGUGCACAUGAGAGGUCCUUUAUUCGUCUCCAUCUUCAGCCCUCUAAUGCUUGUUUCAGUUGCCAUCAUGGGGUCUUUAGUACUGGACGAAAAGCUGCAUCUUGGAAGCAUAUUAGGAGCCGUGAUGAUUGUGUGCGGGUUAUACGUGGUGCUGUGGGGGAAAGGCAAAGAGAUAAAGAAGAUAACUCAGCUAGCACCGGCCUCCAAAAGCUACCGAGAAUCUCAUCACCAUGAAUUGACCGAUAUUAAUGUAAUCACGUCUCCAAGGGAUGACGACGUUGAAAAUAACAGCCCUAUUAAUAUUGCAAACAUGAAACCCGAGAGCCUGCAUCCAAACAUCAUUAAGAUGAUGGGGCGCUUAUGUAAUGUAAUACACAGUUCGAGGGCCGGGAUUGUAAUGGUAGCAGUUCAAAUGGUAAAUACAGGGUUAAAUAUACUGUAUAAACUGGUGGCAGAGGAUGGAUCAGUGAAACUGAGGAUCCUUAUUGCCUAUCGUUUUUUGUUUGCCUCCACCUUCAUGGUUCCUCUUGCUCUCAUCUCUGAAAGGAAAAACAGGACAAAGCUGACUUGGGCAGUACUCUUCCAAUCUUUUCUUUGUGGGCUAUUUGGAGGAGUAUUAGCUCAAAAUUUAUAUGUUGAGAGCUUAGCCUUGACAUCAGCAACAUUUGCUUCAGCCAUGACCAACUUAGUUUCGGUCAUUACCUUCAUUCUGGGUAUCUUGUUCGGUUUGAACAGGUUGGAGAGGCUGAAUCUGGAGAGAAUAGGUGGGAAGGCGAAAGUGUUGGGAACAUUAGUGGGAAUAGGUGGAGCAAUGGUCCUUACUUUCUAUAAAGGUACAGAAAUUGACAUAUGGUCUACUCAUCUUGACCUCUUGCGUCACGACCAACAUCAAAGUGAAGUCCGAAAAUCCCAAAAUCACAUUUUGGGUUGUAUUUUGGCUUUAGGAAGUUGUAUGUCAUCCGCCAUGUGGUUAAUAAUUCAGGCAAAAAUGAGCUUGGCAUAUCCAUGUCACUACACAAGCACGGCUCUAACGUGUGUGAUGGCAGCAAUCCAAGCUGUUGUUUUUGCCCUAUGCAUGGCGAGGGAUUGGAAUCAAUGGAAGUUGGGCUGGAAUCUCAUGCUACUUACAGCUUCUUAUUCGGGUAUCGUAGCUUCCGGGAUUAUGGUUACUUUGAUUGCUUGGUGUGUACACAUGAAAGGCCCUUUGUUUGUCUCCAGCUUCAACCCUCUACAGCUUGUUUCAGUUGCCAUCAUGGGUUCUUUAGUACUGGAUGAAAAGUUGCACCUUGGAAGCAUACUAGGAGCCGCGUUGAUUGUGUGCGGGUUAUACGCAGUGCUGUGGGGUAAAGGCAAAGAGAUGAAGGAGAUUUCUAAACUAGUAUCCUCAGAAAGUUCCCAACGGUCUGAUCAGUUGAUCGAUUUUAUUGUCAAGUCUCCAAAGGAUGUCAGCAUAAGCAGCGGCAGCGGCGACAUCAUGGCCAGUACUAGUCCAGAUAGCCUGUCAGCCUCUAAUGCCCGUAUAGAUGGCAACAUUAACUCAUUGGAAAAGCAUCAUGAAGAAAAAUGAACAAAGUAACACAUAAUAUGAUCUCUUCCUAAAAUAUUAGACACCCUCAAUUUUCAAUCUGCAACAAUUAUAUUACAAUAUAUCCGAUGUAGAGAAACGAACAAUAAUUCAAAUUAAAGUUUUUAUUAUAAGCUGUAAAUGGCUGAUGCCUGUGUGGAUGGCAUCAUUGCUUCCCAAUAUGAAAAAUAUGUGAAUCGAUUUUGUUCAGAAAAUAGGUCUUAGGACCAUUAAGGAUGCGUUUAGAUGUUGAACUGAGCCAAGUUCUUUAUGAAUAUCAGUGAGUUGAGUUGGUGGAGUAA